AUGGUUCGUGUGAAAUCAAGAUACAUCGUUGUGAAGCUUCUGCUUGAAGAGGGCAGAGGCAUGCCUAGUAUGGAUGUAUUGGGUUCUGUUAUCAAGUCAAGGGUUGAGAUUGAUUAUGGAAGGCAUGUUCUAUCGAUGGUGGGUAAUCUGGGUAUUGUUGAGUAUUUACCGCACAGCCAGAUAGUGGUGAUCAGAUGCGAUGCGCCGGUGUGCAAAUAUGUCCUGUUUACGAUUACCACUAUAGGAGAGAUAUCUGGCUUCAAAUGUUCGAUGUCAGUUCUGUGGGUGUCUGGGAUUCUUAAGAGGGCAAUGAGGAAGAUUCUAAAGUAUGUGAGGAUGGAGAAGAGAUAG